AUAUUUUUUUUUCUUAUUUUGAAAUUUUUUAAAAAUUAAAAUUAUACUUUUCGGGGGCAUUUGCAAUUUCGCAUUCCCAUCCCAUUAGUGCAAAUAUUGGUGUUGGAUACAACUAUUGCUUACUAAAUUAAAUGCUUAGAGAUUAAACAGAAGUAGCAAGUCUGGCCCAAUCCACACCACGCUUCCUUGAUGGCUUGAUCCAUAGACCAUAGUCUCCACGCUGAUCAAGCGUAAAUCCUUCCAUUCUUAUGCUUUUCAAAAUCCAAGCAAUAGCUUCUCGAUCCUUUCCUGAACCUUUUAUUUUCCCUUCGUCUAACCCUAAUUCAAAGCUGGCCUCAGAGUGAAUCCCAUUCAAUCAAAUAUGUCUCAGGAGGAGCUUGCGAAGGAAGCUAUAAAGCACGCGCUUAAGGCGUUGAGGAAGCGCCAUUUGCUUGAAGAAGCCGCCCAUGCUCCUGCUUAUACUGCUCUUUCCAGACCGAUUAUCUUUCAGGGCUCAGAAUGGAAGGAGAAAGCAGAAAAUCUUGAAUUGGAACUUCAGCAAUGUUACAGAGCUCAGUCUCGAUUAUCUGAGCAACUUGUAGUGGAGGUAGCAGAGUCCAGAGCAUCAAAGGCUGCACUGGAAGAGAAAGAGGCAGCAUUCACUGAUUUGCAAAAGGAGUUGGCUCAAACAAGGGAUGAAUGCUCUCAAUUAAAGGUAGAUUUGGAAGAAAAGAUUAAGGCUCUAGAAUUGGUUGUCAGUGAGAAUCACUCACUUCGAAAGCAAUUGGAAGAGAUGACUGUCAAGGCUAAGAAUGCAGAAGCAGAAAAUAAGAUAUUAGUUGAUCGCUGGAUGCUGCAAAAGAUGCAGGAUGCUGAGCGUCUUAAUGAGGCUAAUGCACUAUAUGAAGAAAUGAUUGACCGGCUCAAGGCAAGAGGUUUAGAGAAACUUGCUCAGCAGCAAGUGGAUGGAGUGGUCCGGCAAAGUGAAGGUGGUACUAUGUCUUUUGUCGAAUCAACCAUUCCUGCUGCAUGCAAGCACAAAAUUACUGCUCAUGAUGGUGGCUGUGCUUCUAUAAUGUUUGAGUACAACUCAAGCAAAUUGAUUAGUGGUGGACAGGAUCGAUCAAUCAAAAUGUGGGAUACAAAUACAGGAUCCUUAAGUCGUACACUAUAUGGUUGCCUUGGCUCUGUUCUUGAUCUUUCUGUGACCCAUGAUAAUAGAUCUGUCAUUGCAGCCAGUAGCUCAAAUAACUUGUAUGUAUGGGAUGCCAACUCAGGGCGUGUCCGUCACACUCUCACAGGCCACAUUGACAAAGUGUGUGCCGUGGAUGUCAGCAAAAUUUCAAGUCGACAUAUUGUCAGUGCUGCUUAUGAUCGCACUAUAAAAGUGUGGGAUUUGCAUAAGGGUUACUGCACCAGCACAAUUGUCUUCCACAGCAAUUGCAAUGCUCUUUGUUUCAGCAUGGAUGGACAGACCAUUUGCUCAGGCCAUGUUGAUGGGAAUCUUCGAUUAUGGGAUAUCCAUACAGGAAAGUUACUCAGUGAAGUUGCUGCACAUUCACUUGCAAUUACGUCUAUAUGUCUAUCUCAAAAUGGAAAUGUUGUAUUGACGAGUGGAAGAGACAACUUGCACAACUUAUUUGAUAUGAGGUCUUUGGAAGUUUGUGGUACGUUAAGAGCUACUGGAAACAGAGUGGCAUCUAAUUGGAGUCGCUCUUGUAUGAGUCCUGAUGACAACUAUGUUGCCGCUGGAUCAGCUGAUGGAUCUGUAUACAUUUGGUCAAUAUCCAAAGCUGAAAUUGUAAGCACUCUGAAGGAACACACUUCUCCUGUCCUCUGUUGUUCAUGGAGUGGACUUGGAAAACCAUUAGCCAGUGCUGACAAGAAUGGAAUCAUAUAUACCUGGGCUUGAUGAUUUACCUCUGCACACAUGAAUAUGACAAACUGUUUAUCCAAACUCUAGGUACAUUUCUCUGCAAAAUUUUAUUGACCUUUUUUCCAAACAAAGUUUGUGGAGGGCUGGUAGUCCUGCGAUGAUAAAAGUACUUGAUUUCAUGGUCGCCUUCGCCCAGCAUGAUUAGCAAUGGAGGGGCGUGCCUGCCUAGGAACAUUUACCUUUUUUCUACAGAAAGACCAUAGUCGCUGUAAAUAGGAGCUAUGAACAGGUUGACUACAUGGGAAUAUUGGAAGAACAUUACAAGUUGAAUUUGUUGGGAUGCUGAUUGUUUAACCAUAUUAUCAUAUUGAAAUUUGUUCUGUGGAGUAAGUUGGCCAUGUAUAUGAUUAUGAUGGAAGUAUAUGAAUUAGUUCUGUACUUGGUUUCA